AUGGGUACCAAGAGGCCUUCAAAUGCACCUGAUGCAUCACAAAAGAAGAAGAAAUUUAAGCUGUCAUCGGGCUUCUUAGAUCCUUCAACGUCAGGCAUUUAUGCCACUUGUGCUAGAAAACAUGAGAAACAAGCUGUUCAGGAGCUGGGUCUCCUUUUCGAGGAGAAGCUCGAGGAGAUAUAUGGUGAUGAGCUAAAGAAUGGUGCAGACGAAAGCGCCGAUGAGAUUGAAGAUGAAAGUAAAAAAAGCCUAUCAAUUGAGGACGACAUCAAGCGUGAACUUGAAGAGUUGAAGGAAAAGAAGAUUGGGCUGGAUAAGAAUGGCGAGAAGAAGAAAGAGAUUCUGCAAUUUAUUGACCUAAAUUGUGAGUGUGUGAUAUUCUGCAAGACAAGAAAACCAGUGGUACCGGAAGAGUUUGUGAGAAGAGUUAUUAAGGAUUUAGCAGACCCUUCGCAUAUGGAGAAGCGGACUAGGUACAUUCAGAAACUAACACCGAUCACUUCCUCCUGUAGCUCAAACAUGGAUCAAUUAAUUAAGCUCGCUGAGCGCGUUUUAGCACCUCACUUUCAUAACAGUGACAAGCAGCAGAGCUUUAAGUUCGCCGUGGAAGUUACUAGACGUAAUUUUAAUGCUCUGGAAAGGUUGGAGAUCAUCAACCAGAUAGUUUCCUGCGUUUUGCAGAAUGGAAAAUACGAGCACCAAGUUGAUUUAAAAAAUUAUGACAAACUUAUACUAGUCGAAUGCUUCAAGAGCAACAUAGGAAUGUCAGUUGUGGACGGUGAUUAUGCCACGGAGUACAAGAAGUACAACGUUCAACAGAUUUACGAGAAGAAGCUUAAAGAUCAUGCUGAUAAAUAA